AUGGCUACCAAAUCUUCUGCCGUGGGUAGCAAGAGGAAGGCUACAAUGGGAGAUAAGGGGAAGCCCAGCGCCGUGGCCAAAAAGGCCCGUCUUGACGGAAACAAAAAGGCUGCGCCAGUCGAUCAAGGCUCGGACGAUUCUGAAGACUUUUCCGAUUCUGACGACGGCGGCGUCCAGCUCGAUAACAAGAAGGAGGGCAAGCCUUCGAUUAAAGGCUACCAAAAGACGUUUGAGCCAGGCCAAAGCUCUCGCGAAGCGCACGCCAAACAGAAGCAGCUUGCAGCCGAGCGCAAGGCCGCUAAGCCCCUUGCCGACGAAGUCCAGCGCACGAAAAAGAUUUGGGAGCGACUGCGCCGAAAGUCUCACGUCCCCAAGGAGGAGCGCCAGGAACUCGUUGCCGAACUCUUCACCAUCAUUACCGGCCGCAUGAAGGACUUUGUCCUCAAGCACGAUGCUGUCCGCGCAGUCCAGACCGCCAUCAAGUAUGCCACUACCGAGCAGCGCAAACUGAUUGCCCGCGAACUCGAGGGUAGCUACGCACAAUUGGCCGAGAGCCGUUACGCCAAGUUCCUUAUCGGCAAGCUCAUGGUGCAGAACGACGACGAGAUCCGUGACCUCAUCAUUCCCAACUUUUACGGCCGAGUCCGCAAAUUGAUCAACCAUUCCGAAGCCUCGUGGAUUCUGGACGACAUCUACCGUACUGUUGCGACCAAGGAACAAAAGGCUUACCUGCUCCGCGAGUGGUACGGCCCUGAAUUCACCCUCAAGGAGCUGACCAAGGACAAGGUUGUAACGGCCAACCUCAAGGAAAUUCUUGCCGACACACCCAGCAAACGCGGCCCCAUUAUGAAGUCGCUGCUCGAAAUGAUCAACACACUUGUGCAGAAGCGCAUGAGCGGCUUCACCAUGCUGCACGACGCCAUGCUUCAGUACUAUCUGGCCACGGAGCCCGGCUCGGAGGAGUUCACGGAAUUUUUGGAGCUGAUCAAGGGCGACGAGACCAACGAUUUACUCAAGAACUUGGCAUUUACACGCUCAGGCUCGCGACUGGUCUGCCUGAUGCUUGCGUACGGCAGCGCAAAGGACAGAAAGCAGCUGCUCAAGAGCUACAAGGACACAUUCUUGACCAUGGCCGGCGAUCAACAUGCUCACCUGGUCAUUCUUACCGCAUACGACGUUAUUGAUGAUACCAAGCUUACCGCCAAGUCCAUUUUCCCUGAACUCGUUGGCGAGAAGAACGAGGAGAUCGUAAUCAACAUUGUUGGCGCCGUCAACAAUCCACAUGCUAGGUUGGCUUUCAUGUACCUCUUCGAGGGCAUGUCCAAAUCUCUUUUCCCUCCUGGUAGCACAUUCGCGCAAGAACUUCUUAACGAAGUUCACGAGAUUCGCAAGACGACGAGUAAGAAGGACGAAGAUGCCCGUCGCCAAGAACUUAUUGCUACCCUUAUUCCCCAUCUCCUCGAAGCCAUUGCUACCGCCCCGUCCGACCUCAUGGCCACGGCGUUUGGCUGCCAGUUUAUUGCAGAUAUCCUUCUGUUCAACACUGGCGACAAAGCUGCCGCCUUGGAAGCGGUGGCCCAGGCCGCCAAGGGCAACCCCAACGAGGAGGUGCCGGAGGACGAGUUGCAGCCUCAGGUCCACGUCUCCAAGACGCCAUUUGGCGGCCGCAUGCUCAAGUCUCUCAUUCAAGGCGGCCGUUUCGACAAGGCCGCGGGCAAGAUUAUCCCCUGCGAGCCGGCGCUGGGAUUCUCAAACAUUCUAUAUCCUGUGAUUUCAGACUACAUUGUGGACUGGGCGACAGGCCCCAGCUCCUUUGUGGUGGUGGCACUGCUCGAGGCUAGCGACUUUAGCGACGCCGAGGCUGUGAGAAAGACACUCAAGAAGAAUAAAAAGCUCCUGGAUAAGGCAGCCAAGGAGCAGACGCCGGAGCAAAAAGCGGCCCAGGAGGCCCGGGAGCUGGCGGCGGAAGCAGACAAGGAGGCUGGCAAGAAGAAGGCUGCCAACAAGAAGAAGUUUGAGCCGGCGGUAGGAAACAGCGGCAGCAAGCUGCUGCUGGAGAAGUUGUAG